AUGAACCCGAUAUUACCGCGCCUGGCCCGGCGCAUGGCCGCCAGAUCCAAUUCCAAUUCCGGUCUCAGCAAAUGCCUCUUUUGCCAGCGGGCCUCGGCUUCUACGACAACAACGACCACGGCGGCCUUUGCGCAAACGCGGCCCCAAUGGCAACAGCAACGGCAACCGUCAGAAACUUGGAGGGUGGCUACAGCUGUGACGGAAAAGUUGGCCGGGGGACCGAAACGAUAUUUUUCUAGGGCGCAACCAAGACGGCAGGGUCAGCAGCAGCAGCAGCAGCACCAGACACAGAAUGGCGGCACUGGGAGUAGGGGGCCGGGAGCAGCAGUACAUGGAAUGGCGAGGGUGGAGGAGAUAUAUAAGAGGCGGAAUCGGUCGACUGCGUACUACACGAUCAGCAUCAUCCUUGGGACCGUCGCGCUUUCGUACGGGUCAGUGCCCAUGUACAAAAUG